AAUUAUGAUUCCUAUAGGGAUGUAUCAGUAUCACUAUAAAAGCCUUCCUGGCACAAAUGUAACUUUUUAUAACUAAACCUAUGCCUAGCUGCUGCAGCUCUGACACCUGGGGGAACUCUGAGAUGAACAGCAUAUUCAACCAAUCAGGGGCCUUGUCCCGCCCCUGUCUGCUCCAGCUCAAGGUGAUUGGCCACAGCUUGUCAGAUGUUUAGCAUCUUUGCUAGAGAUCACAGCCUGUUACCUGCUCUCUCUGUAAGUACAUUUAUUUUCCAGCUAAAUAUUACAACCUUUUUAUGUUUAUCAUUAAUAGAUAGGGAGGAAUUGCAUAUCUUAUAGCAUUUUUAUUUAGCAUUUAUAUAGCAUUAUUUAUUUAGCAGCAGCAACAGAACACAUUUAUGCACAGUGUCUGAUGAGCAAGGUUGGCAGUUAAUGGCAGUUGGACAGCAGCUCAAUGGAUGGAAAUAGUAAAACAUAUCAACACAAAUGUGCAGGGAUGCAUCAGUAUCACUUGUAAAUGAUUUGUCUGUGCGUUGGUCACUGUGAAAUAGUAGUUGCCAGAAUUUGUAGUCAUUUGGGGAUGUCCAGCCAACAACCAAAGUCAGUUGGGGGGUGCUGUGAGUUGCAGUUCAGUAACAGCUGCAGGGCUAUAGAUGCUGCUGAUAAUGUGUACUUUCUCAUUCACCUGCACUAAGUCAACCAAUUCCCUUUCUGGUCCCCAAGCUUAAUAGACAUUGGACUGGUCUGUCAAAGUAUAAGAGGAGUUCCUAGUGGGCUCCAGCCAUGAACAACUCCCAUCAGUUAUUUCUUAUUUCCCCAUAUAAUUCUAGCAUUUAGCAGUAUCUAUAGAUAAUGUUUGUGAAUUUGAGCCCUCCUAGGAUGUCCAACCAACACUGGCUAAACACACAGUAGCUUGUGAUAGAUUUAGAAUUUAGAGAAAUUAAAGGGGUCUCUCUGGUCCUGUCAUAUCCAUGUUCUGCAGCUUUUAUGUUGUCUUCACAUUAGCUGUAAAUUUACCAAUAUCUUUUAUUUUACAGGAGAAACGGUCAUGGGUUGUACUGUGUGUAAAGGCGAGGUAAGUCUGUGCUCAUGUUUCCUUUUGUCUACAGGGUCUACAGUAAAGAUGCUGGCAAUGUAGGGUGUGCGAGUUAAGGGCAAAGCGAAUGGUUGGCCAGGACUUAAUCAAACCCCUUCAACCAUGGGGCUCUACUUACAUAUCAGAUAAUUACACACACAUUGUACUGAUACCACAUAGCAACACAUUUGGCUGUUCUUCUCUCUUUCAGUUAUCACUCACAAAAUACAUUUUCUCAUAACCUGGAUUUUGCUGUAUAACAGUAGAAUAUUAAUCACAAUCAAUAUAUGAGAAACAAUUAUAUUAAUAGGUGGUGGCGGGGGUUAUUAAUUCCUAUAACUUUGUUCAUUUCUACAGAGAUCGAUUGAUCAAAUUCAUGAAAAUGAAUAUAAUUAUGUGGAGAUAGUGGAGAUCACUGAUAUUUGUGACUCACCGGUGGAGCAUAUUGUCACCCUAGAGCUGCCUGACCACCCGGCACAGCCACCUUCAUUUGGUAAGUGUGAUCAUUACUAAUAAAAAGCACUUAUUAUUUUGUCCUUAUCAUAACUUAUAUUAGUUGUCCAAUUAUGUAACCCUUAGUAUUAGUAUUAUGACAUCUAUUGUGUUUUUAUUGUUGUAGAAUCUCCACUGCCAGCUGGGAAUGAAGAGGACCCUGGCUCUUCCCAUAACACCGGAGCAGCCAUUCCUCUUCCUGAGCCUCAGAGCUCUGAUCCAGCAGAGACUGCGACCAGGGAUGCUGCCAGCCCCACCAAUUUCAAUUGGCUUUCUUUCGAUGCCAUGGUGGAGGUCCCUGGAAUGAUUAAUUUUUCAGAGGCCCUGGUGAGCAUUUGCGUUAAAGCAAAUGAAUACAAACCACCAGCGAUGCCGAUUUUUUCAGAUUUAGAAGCUCCUAGAAUUGAUGCUGGCAUGUCCAAUAACAGCGGACACAUAGACCCCAUUCAGGAGCAAGGAUCUGAGCCAGAGGAGGCCACAAAGGAUGAUGGGAAUUCCACCUCUUCCAGUUAUCCUUUAGUACUUGACAUCCCUCAGUUUGGCUCAGAUUCAUGUGAUGAAACACAGGGCAUAGAAGGACCAUCUAACAGCCUUGUUGAGCCCAGAUCCCCCACCACACUCGAAAAUUUCAACCUGGGACAAGUGUUGGGAGAAGGUGGAUUUGGAAGGGUGUUCCUGGCCCAGAACAAAAACACCAAACAACUAUGUGCCAUCAAGGCCUUGGCGAAGGCACAGAUUUUGGAAAAGGGCAACUUGAACAGUGUCUUCAAAGAGAAGGAGAUUCUUCAGAGGCUAAGUCAUGCCGCACACCCGUUCCUGAUAACAUUGCACGGAACAUUCCAAACGGAUUCUCACCUCUUCUACGCGAUGGAAUAUCUACCUGGAGGUGACAUGUGUGAUUUCCUCAAUCAUGUAGAACUACAAGAACCUGAUGUGAUGUUUUACACCGCAUGUGUAGUGCUUGGCCUGGAGGCAUUACACCAGAUCGGCAUUGUACAUAGAGAUCUAAAGCUGGAGAAUUUGCUGUUGGACCAGGACGGAUAUCUAAAAAUCGUUGAUUUCGGCCUCAGCAAAGACAAAUUUGGAUACAAUGACCGUACGAACAGCAUGUGCGGCACAAGAACCUACAUGGCCCCAGAGAUCUACAUGAAAAUAGGAUACGGCAUGGCCGCUGACUGGUGGGCCUUAGGAGUCACUGUAUACAUUAUGCUCAUGUAUGAGUUACCAUUCAAAGACGAAGAUCAGAUUGAGCUAAUGAAGAGCAUCCGUUAUGAUGAAAUCGAGUUGCCAGAGGACCUUUCAGAGGAUGUCUCUAAUUUAACAUAUCAACUCUUAGAAAAAGAUCCAGAUUAUCGGCUUGGAUCUGGCGAGGCUGGUGCUGAAAUGAUCAAAGAGCACCCCUUCUUCAGAGAUAUGGACUGGGAACAACUUUUACACCGAAAAAUAAGGCCUCCAUUUGUGCUAAACCACCAAGGCCAUCUGGAGAGCUUGAACGACCCUGAAUGCCAAGCUCCAGCACUGACACCACUUGCUGAAAAGAUUCCAUCAGAGCUGCAAGAGGCAUUCAGAGGAUUCGAUUAUACACCUGAAUAAACAUCAAAACAUCAAAUAAUGGUCGGUAUGGACGGGGUAGGUGGAGGGCCAGUCCAUAUUCUCUUAAGAAGUGCCAGCCAUAUAAACCAAACUCCAGCACUGACACCACUUGCUGUAAGGAUUCCAUCAGAGCUGCAAGAGCCAUUCAGAAGAUAUGACACCUGAAUAAACAUCAAAUAAGGCCCAAACUCCACGGCGCAAUGUCUUCUGAUCCGCCGCGCUGAGAUGAAAUGCAGGUGACCAGUCUGAGGUUCUGAAUAUAAUGUAAGUUAUAGAAAAAUCGCAUCUCCAAACUACACACAACACGACUGUCGCAUGAAGAUGCGGCGUUUGCAUCCGACAGUUUGUCAUUUCGGAUGCAUGUAGUUUGCAGGUGUGAUGUUUCUAUAAAUUACAUUAUAUUCGGUUCCUCCGACUGGUCGCCCGCGUUUCCUCUCAACACGUCGGAUUGGAAGACAUCGCACCAUGGAGUUCAGGGCCUAAUGGUCGGUAUGGACGGGGUAGGUGGAGGGCCAGUCCAUAUCCAUAUGGACAAAAGACCUUGGGGGCAUGUUUACUAACAUUAGAGAUAAAUAUUUGUAGAGAUUUCUGGACAUGUUGCCCAUGGCAACCAAUCAGCAAUUAGAUUGAAACAGCCACAUAUAAGUUAGAAAACAAAAGCAAAGACCUGAUUAGACGCUAUGGGCAACAUCUACAGAAAUCUCUCCAGAUAUUUAUCUCCAUUGUUAGUAAACAUACCCCCAGGUCAUAUAAAGUGAACAUCAGGUGUCCGAUCUCAAGUUCUGACAGAAAUGGCUCAUGUUGGAAUCCUUACACGAUUUUUCCAAAAGCAUGAUCUUUAUAACAAAGACACUGGAUACAAUUCUCAAUACAACAGUAAAGCCUCAGUUUGAGCCAAACAACCAAGGCCAUAUGGAGAGCUACAAGAACCUUAAGGAUCCCAUCAGAGCUGCAUGAGCCAUUCAGAGGAUUUGAUUAUACACCCGAAUGAGAUCAGAAUCGGAUAAGUAUCUUUCCAUAUGAUUUAUAUCCUUAUAAGAAGGAAUGUCAGGUAUGUCAUGUCAACAAGUUUCUGACUGAGAAGACUUUUGUAGGGUUAUCCUUCUCACAUCUUCACAUCUGGUUCAGUUAAGGGUUUUCCUAAUUCAGGUGCUCCUGGGAAUUUUCUAGAUACAGCUGUUGUUUCUAAAAUGUCUGUCUCUUCUAUUUCUCUUUCCAUCAUCUCAUCUCAGAGUGCUGUCCAUAUAUAUUACAUUAAUUACAUGAAUUACUCCUAAACUUGAAAUGUCUGUGACAGGCACAUAUUCCAAAGGGAUUGCUUGCCAAUUAUCCACUAUACAUCCACACUGGUGUUAGACCUACCCUGAUUAAGUUUAUAUAACCCACAUAUUGUUUAGAGUACCGGUAAGUUAUUGGAAUGGGGUCCUGGCUGUAAGUCUGCCUGAAGUAAAUGUCCUUUACACAUUGCUGAAGUUCACGUUAUAAGCAUUUAUCUGGAUUCUUGUGUAGUAAGACCUGGUAGCACAUGUGUAGUUGAGGGCCAGGCCCAACCUCAAAGAACAAACGUAGACUGCCUGGGGUUUGUAGUUAUGUGAAAAACAGGCAAGUAAGAUCUGGCACCAAAGUAAGAAACCAACAGUAUAUUUUCACAUCAACAGUCUGCGCUACCUUGUAUUGCUUUUAUUUGCUUCCUGGCUAGGUAGCGGUUGCCCACGUUGGGAGAUCUAAAGAAGAAGAUAUUGAAGAUGGUUUAUAUCUAUAUCCAGCCCAAAAGAAAAGUGAAAAGUAAGUUUAAUUCAUCCAUUGCCAGGUGCAAUGUUUCACUGAUAAUGGCAGACAAUGGUAUCCCUUUAACUGAGAGUGCAGAACACUUAACGACGCAAAACAUUAAUUUAUUUGUAAAUUCAAUAUAAAAUUGUGUAAAUAUGUGUUAAAAACUACUAAGUGAAAGUUAUAACAGGGGGAUUUGUAAUGUGUUUGUGAUACUAAAUAUGGGCCUUUCCUUUAAUAAUAGAUGGGAUCUUUGCACACCAUGUGUACCCCUGUGUCAGUAACUGAUUCAUUUGCUGUAUUGAAUUUAAAGUUUAUCAUAAAGUCACCUACAAAGUGGAAUAACUCGUCAUGCUGCUUAUUCAUUUAUAAUCAGCUCAUAAGUUUAGUUGAGAUAUAAUUCCUUCUGUGAUUCUGUUUUUCAGAGAUGGCAUGGAGCGGCGACUGUCAGGAAAUCUUAACGAUGAAUACUGUGGAUCGUGUUUCAUACAUAACUUGCUUUUCAUGCCAUUUAUAUAUAUAAUAAUACAAAUAAAAAAAUAUUUUUUCUCAA